AUGGGCGUCACGGGGUCGGGGAAAUCAACUUUCAUCAGCCAUUUCUGUCCAGAAGCGGCCGUCGGCCAUACGCUGGAGUCUUGUCGGUCACCACCCGAGCUCGGAGUCGAACAGGCAUGUGCUAAUAUAGCUGUCUUUCUCGGCCCAGGCACGAGAAACGUCGCCAUUUACCAUUACCCUCGCCGGGAUGGCGUCUCGGUCUACCUGGUCGAUACUCCAGGGUUUGACGACACCUACAAGACGGACACCGACAUACUGCGGGAUAUUUCGGACUGGCUCAACCGAUCGUACGAAACCCGCGUCCUGCUCUCGGGCAUCAUCUACCUUCAUCGCAUUUCCGACGCGAGGGUGGGCGGAUCUAGCAUGCAAAACCUGCGAAUGUUCAAGAAACUCGUUGGCGAGGACAACCUGAGCAACAUUGUCCUCGCCAGCACAAUGUGGGGCAUGGUGCCAGAUCUCAACGUCGCGGUUGCGCGGGAGGCGGAACUACAGAACAAGGACGAUUUCUGGGGCCAAAUGAUCAAGAAUGGGAGCCGAGUCUUUCGGCAAGACCGUGGCGCCGAGUCGGCCGCCGAGAUCCGGGAUAUGGUCGACAGGAGCCUCUCCCUGGAUCAGACUGCAGCCGGCAAGGAGGUGCAAGGCGAGAUGGCCAAGCAGCGGGCCGAGUACGAGAAGAGAGUGGCAAACGUUCGUGAGGAGAUGCACGAGGCCAUCCGAAAUCAGGACAAGGAGCACCAGACGGAACUCGAGAACCUGCAAAAGGAGCUGGGGGCAAAGCUUCGCUCUAACGAAGACGCUAUAGAGAGGCUGAAGUCGGGCAAGGACGAGAUCCGCCGCGAGAUGGAGGCGAAGUGGGAGGAGGAGCGCCAGGCCCUCACCCGGCGAUUCGAAGCCCAGCAAGCCGCCCGUGAACGGGAGCAGAAGGCUCGUGAAGAGGAGGAGCGCCGGGCCCUCAUUAGGCAAUUCGAAGCCCAGCAGGCUGCUCGCAAAGAAGAGCGCCAGUCCCUCGUCAGACAACAGAAAGCCCAGCAGGCUGCUCGCGAGGAGGAGCGCCGGCGUAAAGAGGAAUUCCAGCGGCAUAUGCAGGAGGAGCUGUUUCGCCAUCUCAUCUAUACUAACCCUUUGCUACAUUCACGAACCGCGAAGAUCCAGCUCGUCCUCUCCCUCGGCGGCGCAAUCGGUGCCGGUUGA